UCAUCCUUAGAUAAUUCGUCCAACUUUUAUGAGUCAUGAAUUCAAUAAAAUUCAAAUAGUCGCGAGUGGAAUUGAAGCCUGAAAUAGCUGUAUUUCGCAUGGAGGUAGCAGUUCAGUUCCCUUGACAACGUUGUUGAUUUUUUAAUUUUGAGUAAAUUUUUUCUGUGCAUCUGUCGAAUGAAUGGCUAGUGUAAAACUUCAACACAAAUGGAAAGUCAACGUAGCCUUUAUGAGAUUGAACCACAGGGAAAUUAAACGCCAUGGAAAAUGAGCAUCUAGUUAAUCAAAGCAAUUCCACGUUGACAAGAUUUGAAAAGUUAAAAGUACUCAGCAGGUUAACUGUGCAAGAGCUCGAGGCAAUACAACAAUCAUUUCCUAUAAUCUUAUUCGAUUCUGUGGAGGAAAGACGAGAUGCUGAUCAGUUCUGUGAACUGUUGUCCAGCAUUAUUCCCCACGGCAAUGAAGAUGAAUUUCGAGAACUUUUUGAUGUCAUUGACACUGACAAAGAAGGGUUUGUGGAUUGGGAUAAAUUUUGCUCUCAUUUGCAACGCGACUAUCAGGAAAAAGAUGACAGAAUGAAGACGACCCAGGUACCGCAAUGGAGGGAAGUGAAAUACACAAAUAGUCCUCAUAAAGAGAACAUCCAGAAGAUCACAAUGUUGAAAAAUCCACCAAGAUAUUUGACUGUUAGUAAGGAAGGUGUUGCUGUUGUCUGGAAUUUAAAUAUGAAGCCCUUGAGAACAAUCCGCAUCACAACUGAACCAGACGAUGUAAAGCAACGUGACUUAUGGAUCACAGAUUUUGCUGCGAUGCAAAAUGUCUACAAGCUAGUUGUUGCUAUGACAAGCAAAGAAAUUGCGAUAUACGAGCUCAGCUCCAAGUCGGAGUUUUUAUGUUUGUAUCGUGUUCGUGGAUUGAAGUCAACACCGAUUUCCUUGAACUUUUGGUCCAAUCCUGAUCAACCAAAUGACUCCAUUCUCGUUGGUGAUGUUGCUGGUUACGUCAACGCUUUAAUAUUUUGUGAAUCUACCAUCUCUUUGUUUGAUCGUCCUGCACAAUCCAGUGCUAACCAACAAGACAUAACAUUUAUGGUUGACAUUGGUGAUAUAACCAAAGGUCAUUAUAAAAACUGUCGCCAUAUUUAUCAUCACGGACAUAGUGAAUGGACCAGACAAGUGAUGUAUACCAGUGUACUAGAUUGUUUCAUAUCAUGUGCUACCAACUAUAAGAACGCUCUUGUCCUUGGCUGGAUGGAGAAAAACAAGAGUACGAUGCGCACGACCGUGUUCAAAAUAUCUCAAGGAGUGAAUGCUUUUGAUUACAACGAUAAACUGAACUUAAUUGCCACGGCAGGUGUAAAUCAUCACGUGUUGCUAUGGAAUCCUUACGUCAUCUCAAAACCUGUUGGAGUGCUUCGUGGUCACAUGCAAAGCGUGAUUGCCGUAAACUUCAUCAGAUCACGUGGCCAGAUGAUUAGCCUAUCAAAGGACAAGGUUCUUCGUGUGUGGGACACUCAUUUGCAAGUAUGUCUUCAACGUCUAUCGGGAAUGUUUCCGAAAGGACCUGAAAUCUCGACCGUGUUGUACUUCGAUGAAGAGAGAAGUACUUUGUUGACUGGAUUUAAUCGCCGGGUGGCUGUCAUGGUGAUGAAACCGGAAGUAAAAGAUCGAAUCCUUAGCCAUGAGCAUCCGGUUACGGCUGCAAUCUACAAUCGCAAAUUCAGUCAGGUUGUGAGCGCAUGCUCUGGUUCUGUCGUCACGAUGUGGAUGAUUGAUACGGGACAAAAAGUCAAACAGUUUACUAGUGCUCAUGGUAAUUCGGAAAUAACAACGCUGACUCAAGACGCGAGUGAAACAAGGUUAUUCACCGGAAGCACAGAUGGUACAGUAAAGAUCUGGGAUUUCAAUGGUCACUGCCAUCACGUGUUGGUUGCUGGCGAUGGCAGUCCUUGUGAUAUCACUCAAAUCUUGCCUUUGAAAAGAAUGAUUCUCGUGGUGGGCUGGGACAGGACAUUGUGUGUGUUCCGUGACAGCCAGUUGACAUCGUACUACGUGCAUCCUUCAGACUGGAAAGGUCGUCAGGAGCACCAGGAUGACAUUCAAUGUAUGUCAUUCACGCCUCCACAUACUCUGGCAACCGCGAGCUACGACGGGGAACUGGUCUUGUGGAACACAAGCUCCGAACAGGCAUUUCGACAUUUCAAUUGUAAAGCACACAAAGAUGGACGUGCUAGCAGACGGCAACGAAAACUUGAACGAGCCAACAGUGCUCUGUCACAAGCACGUGGAAAAUCUCCGGUUUCCUUGACUACGGGUGACGCAAUCCAAGAUGACUUCUCGAAGUUUUUGUCAGCAGAGAAUGAAAAGGAAGAAAACAGUGGAUAUUUUGUCAAUAAUCUAAUAUUUCUAUACAACCGCCCUCCUCCAGCUGUACAGAACGAGGCAGCGGAUCUUGUUUCCUGUGGCGCUAAUGGUUGGGUUCGAUUCUGGAACACUGCUGAUAACUCAUUGGCUGGUGAAUUCAUAGCUCACAAUCACGCUGGAGCAAUAACGAUGGCAGUCGAUGGUGACUGUCGUUACUUAGCAACUGGUGAUGGCGAUGGAUUUGUGAAGGUUUAUAUCAUUACAGAAUACUGUGUGUCUGCUAAUGUUGAAGGAGCAUCGAAAAUGCCACCUCCAUUGCACAGACAAUUUCAGCCUCAUUUUGACGCCAUUACAAGCCUGGAGAUUAUACUCAGAUUCGACAGAAUGCUCUUGCUCACGUCAUCAAACGACUCUUCGCUGGCAUUGUGGGAUAUUCAUGGAAGACAGUUGGGCGUAUUUGGUCAGGAAAAACAUUGGAAAAUCGAAGAUCUACCUGUUGAGCAACCUGAGAAUGAAAAUGACGAGUCUAAUUUUCUUGCUAAGCCCAACGACGAUGAGAAGAAAGACAUUGACUCUCCUUAUGUCAACGAAGAACGUCCAAAUGUUGAAAGUCAGAUCCCCGAAGACUGGGAUCCAACAGAUUCCACUUGGGACAGCAGCAUAUUAGGCAAAUCGUUCAGUGAACCUCGAAAGCAAAAACGUCAACGUCGCCAGCAAGUCAUCGGUCGAGGAAAACUCACUGAUCCUGAAAAUGGGAAGCUGAACUCAACUGGAUUGACCUAUGGUACGUUGCGCACCGAAGAAUUGUCUGCAAUCCACAAUUUACAGAAGCCCGAUUUCGUGAGCAAUCCUUCGAAAUAUUUUAGUGAUGAUUUUAUGAACAGCAGAAAAAGUUCGCCGUCGAAUAUUGAAAAUUUACCUCAUACUUCUGAAACCAUCAGUAUGCGUUACGACGAGAAAAACCUUUUCCCGAAAUACAUUCUUGACAUGGACAUGAAGAUGAAAGCAUUGCAUGCCAUCGAAACGCACAGAUCACGUGCGAAUACGCGUGCUGCUGGCAGCAGUCGCUCGAAGAUAUCGACGGCAGCCCACAAUUUGCUUGGUAAAAAUCAACCUUUAAGAAAACAUGCACAAAGAUGGAAACUUUCCACGCAACAUGAACGUUUGGAUGCAAAAAAGCCCAAUGUUUAAAAUUCCAUCUAUCAUGGUGUCCUUUCUGUUGUUCUCUCCUUUGGCCUACACCACUGACCGCCUAGAUGAAGCUAUUCCACGCGAGACGCGAUACACGCAAUUUAGGCUAGCUGGUGCUUAGUAAUAUACCUAAUGUGAAUCAUGUCGGGAGCGAAAUCCUGGAUUUCCACCAGGGAGGGCUGCGUUUUUUGUACUAUACGAUCGAUACUCACUAUACGAUAACAUUUUCAUUAACAAGCAAUGAUUACCAAGGAAUUAUACUAACUCAGGAGGGUGUUUGAACCCCUGCACUCCCUGUUGAACCCCCCAGCUUUCCUUUACUGCAUCACAGCAACACAGAUGUUCACUUCAUUGGAGACUCUUCUCGGAACUGGUGUUUCCACUUUGUUAUUCCUUAGAGUCUGAGCUUGUAAUUUACUUGUGUUUGAUGAAUUGGGAGUAUUCACCCAUCCAAGUUUUCACUCAA